CAGGAAGGAACCAGGAAGACGUCAUCAUUCGCGAACACUUUGACGCUAGAAAGCGGAAGUGUUGUUCACACAUGAGCUGAAACAAAUAUGAUUGUUGAGCCUGUGCUGCAGGACAGAUUCAUAUAGGUCUGGGAUGUCUCGCUCAGAUGUGCUGUCUCUCUACAGGAGGGUAUUGCGCAUCGCCCGCAGCUGGCAGGCACAGUCUGCUUUACCACAGGACACUGAUACAGAGAGGAAAUAUAUAGCCCAGGAGGCUCGAACUCUUUUCAGACAAAACCAACAGAUCACAGAUCCAGAAUCAGUCAAGAGAUGCAUUGAGGAAUGUGAAGCACGGAUAGAGAUUGGACUUCAUUAUAGAAACCCUUAUCCCAGACCGUCAUAUCUUCCUCCGAUGGGUCUGGCUACACAGAAGGGCAGAAAGCUUCGAGCUCAGGAGAGACUGAGGAAACAAGCCAAACCUGUGUAUCUACAGUCUCAUGAUGAGACCUGACAUACUGUACAUACACUACAUAAACACACAUGCACAAUACAGAUAUACAACUGUUUCCCAGCAGGGAACAACACAAAGUCUGUCUGUUACUUGUCACAGAUCAUUCUUAGAAUGUGCAGAAUGUUGAUGUGAAUUAUUAAUGUAUGGUUAAUGAUAAAAGUGUUCUAUUUUCUUGACUAUUUUGUUUCUAACCUGCUUACUAAGUAAAGAUCAUUGCUAUUAUUAUUAUUUAUUAUUUACGCACAUCAGAAAUAACCAGCUGUUCUCUAACUAAAAUGACGCUGAACUGAAUAAAG